AUGCGAUGGUAUGAAGAGGACGAAAAAGGGAAAGGGCUGGGCAAGCGGUGGAUCUUCGGCCAGCCAGUACAGUGUGCUCAGGCGAGAGCCGUACCUUCUCAGACCUGUAGGGUUUCGGCGAGUUUCGGCUCGCAAGCCAUCGCGAUCCCGAGCUCGCAGUGGAAAAGCGCGAGAAAGCCGCACUUCAACGACCGCAGGACGACGUCAACACAGUGGUGUGCUCUCACGAACGCGAAUGCAAGGCGACUGACGCAUUCUGUACUGUUUUCACCUAUGUUGCCUUUUCCGCAGGAUGACGUGCAGCGCAGCUGCCACCCUGCGCGCGCUCAGGCUGCGGCUGUCGGCGGGCCUCGAGCGCAGUGGACUGGCAGACGUGAUCCGCUUCGCUGAUGACCUCGGCGGCCCAUACGUAGCCCAGGCCAUCUGGCUGGUGGAGAAGCAGCGUUGGGACGAGGUGGCCGAUGCGCUGCGGCUGGCGGGGCAGCUUGGCUUCUGUCACCUGCCCCUGACUCUCAGACUGCAAGACCUGCAAGAAUACACCAGCAAAGAGGUAAGCUGAGCACAAAACACAAACCGAGGGUGACGGGGCAAAAGGGGCCUGUGUGUCAGUCAGGCGUAUUUGGCUGAUGCGCGCGUCGUGGCUCAGUGGACCAUUGUCGGUAGACACGUCUGGGGUGCAGGGUCCUUUGGGCUGUUCAGGCAAGGUGGUCUUGUCCGUAUAUUCAAGAACCUGCCCGGCUAUGAGCUGACCCUCAGCCCUCCUCUCCCACCCUCCCACCCCUAUCAGCAGCACAUCGACCGAGAUGACCCUCCCGUCGCGCACCAACUCUGCUUCAACGGCGUCGAGUGGGCGCCUGACACCAAGAAUGACCUCUUCACUGAACCGUCUGUGUCGUCAUUCAUCAUGGGCACCCUGCUGCAGACGGCAACGCACCGCAUGACAGAUGCGGGCGGCAUUGUGGGGCGCCUCUUCAGAAGGUCAGAGGAGGAAGCAAGGGAGAGGACACUCACAGGCAGUCAACAUGUUGGUUGUCCGUGCAGGAAGGCCGGGAAGCAGAGCCACAAGGUGGAUGCUCUCCUCUCCCUGCUGGCCCAUCCGCACCACGGCAUCCCGUGGCUGGCGGGAUGCACAGCCAUCUGUGCGAGCCAGUGGCGCCAGGCGGCCUCCUGCGAGCUGCUCCUGACGCCAUUCAACAGCCCCUUCGUCGCUUGGAUCCGCAUCUAUCGGCUGGACUGUGACGCAUGUACAAGCUGAGUGGGUUGACGGGAAACGGGUUAAGUAAUCAUCAGUCGCGUCUUACCCUGUGGUGGUCUGGUGUUCCACUUGUCAGUGUUUGUGCACGUGAUGACGACUGAGGCGCCGGCGGUCGACUACGGCAUCUUCAAGGAGUGCUUCCCACAGGCGACAUCAAUGGCACGCCCUGUGCUCAGUAGAGCCGCCCCUCUGCUGUUUGAUAAAGUCCAUCCGAAGGCUGGAAGUGUGCGCGGUGUGACGCAUGGGAUGGAUGGGCGGGAUGGAUGGAGCGCACAGAGCACUUGUGUGUGUCUCUGUGUGCUCUGUGUGCUCUGUGCGUAGAUGCGGGCGCCUGUUCUGCCUUUCCCGAGAUCCACUUCUUCUACGAGUAUUAAGCGUGUUUUAAGCGUGUUCUUGUAUUUGUCCGCGUCUGCAUGUCCAUGCAAUGCCAUGCGGAACAAUUUUCGUGUCCAUACACUUGUGUGGAGCAUUCACCAAAGGAUGAUCAUCUGACGCGCAAGAGCUCGCAAUGGGUGCGUGAAUUGAUGCUAACCCUGCCAAAC